ACACACAGCUGUUUUGGGGUGUGCGGGUAAGAAGCUCUAGUAACCUUGUGCGGUUGCGAACGGAGUUGUCAGAAAGUGAAGGAGGUGGAAAGCGAAAAAAAAGGGAAGGUAAUUUCUACAUCGUCGUCGCAGGCACUUGAUUGUGCUGAUGGGCGAAAAAAUAGAAGGGGACCAGAGAGCAUAAAUUGUUUCACUAUCGUCAAAACAUAGUAGAUGGAGUAAUAGUACGCGUGUGUGUUGAGAGGACACGAUAACAGUUCUGUUUUCAGCCCGAGGGACGCACACGACCCGAGAACCGUGCGUGAAAGUUGUUCUGCGAGGAAAGUUCUGCUCCGUUCUAUUGUUUUGUCUGCUAACCCACCCCCCGUUUUUCUCAUUUGGAGAGUGUUUGUGUGUGUGUGUCUAAUUUCCACACAAUUCCCGUCGGGUGUGCGUUGAGCUGUGACCAGAUACCAGAUACCCCGCCAGCGUUCGACGUAACAUAACAACGUUGCACGCAGUUAAAAGGCCACCCCUGCCACCAGCCCAGCUCGGUUUGUAGGGUAAUGGGUAUGUGAUUGUUUUUGUUCCUGACGGUGAACAGUUGCGAGCCGUACACAAGCGUACGCACUAUCCGAGUGUGCCAGCAUCGGGACCGCUAUCGGGUCGCUUCGAUUGGUUUUGAGGGAAGGUCGUAAUUAGAACCAACAAAAAGAAGAGAAAAAAAAACCUUCAAGAUGUCCGUAACGUUUGAGCAGAUUAUACUCGACGCGAAGCGCAUCGCCAACCGGCUGAAGGACCGGGAAGCGCUCGGGGACGCACUGCUGCUGGAAUCGGAAUCGGUCAACAAGCACAUCGAAUCGAUGCGCCAGUUUCAGGACGACAUCGACAUACUGAACAAGCUGGCACGCGACCGUUCCAACAACCAGCUGAUCACGAUCAUCCACCAGGAGAAUCCACAGAUACGGGAAAUUCAGCAGGAAAAUCGGCUGCUGAAGGCAGCGCUCGAAGACCACCAGCACGCACUCGAGCACAUCAUGAGCAAAUACCGGGAGCACACGCAGGCAAAGAUACUCAACACGAAGGUAAACUUUGUGGAGGCAUUUACGCGCCACCACCGGUCGGCCGACAUCGAGCGGCGCGAUCAGCUGAUCCGGCAGCAGACGGCCAAGAUACAGGAGAUGGCCGCCGUAAUGCAGCGCGUGUCGCAGAUGGACGAGGAAAAGGUGAACCAGGAGCAGGAGGUGCUGAGCAAGCUGAUGACGGAAAAUAAGGGUUUGCGGGAGUUGCUGGAAAUAUCGCGCAAGUAUGGUUCCGGUGCCGGGCAGAAGAUGCUGGUCGAUGAUAAAUCAACGCAGACGGACAGUUAUCUGCUGGACGGGUUGAUCGAAGCGGCUGUAUUGGCACGAGCAAAUGUGUCGAAGCAAGCGACGACGGCAGCGGGACCACCGGUAUCGCCAUCCUCCUCACAACCGGUAGCGGCGGUCCCGGCGACGAGUCCCCCAUCCGUACCGGCCGGAACGUCGAGUGGUGUGGAUGAAACAGCAAAACCGACCAAUGACGAUCCGACCCGUUCACCAAACAGCACCAGCAAGAGUCCCAUGCCGGUCCCUGCGGCGGUCAGUAGUAAUGGACCAGCGACAACCACGACCGCCGCGACAGCACCAUCCCCGGCUGCGGUGGCAACGAUCACUCCCACUGCUAGCAGCGCCACCCCCACUCCCCCGGCCACUAGCUCGACUUCGUGACGUGAUUCGGGCGAAUGUCAGGUAUCGGUGUUGUUCUGCUGCCAAUCGGCCCUGCUGUAGAUGGGUUAGGACCACACGAGAUUACUUCCGAUUCAAACUCACACACAAGCGCACGUGUUGGGCUGCGAGGCGUCUACGUUUUUCUUUGUUUUAUGUACGCAACGAGUCGCCGCACACAACUCUCUAACUUUUUCCCUUUUUUCGCCACACAAACUACAAAAUAUAGCACCCUUAAAAAUAUUGACCAUCGA